GUCUCGAUAGGAGCAGGAAGAACAAGUUCUAUUGUUCUUCCUAUCUGUAGAGAUCUUCGGAUCGGUAAAAGUGAUAGUAAAAUAAUUUUGUUAUUUGUGUGAUAGUUCAAAAGUGAUUCUUAGAAUAGUUUAAAUAGUGAUAUUUUUCGGCAUUGUGGACUUCGUUAAAUAUUCAGUGGCGCAAGUUGAGUAGUGUGAUAGUGGACCUCAAAGAAAUUUGUGAACUGCUAAGCAGUUCAAACUUUUUGAAAAUCAUGCAACGUUCCGCCAAAAGGAUAAAACUUUUAAAGUUGUGUCGUUGCCUGCUGCUUCUUGCCAUAGCCAUCGUCACCGCGAACGCAAAACCCGAAGCCCCAGUCAACUCAUAUCUCCCACCGGCGCAUGGUCACAACGGGUACCACGACGAGCACCAUCAUCACGGUGGGGACGAUCAUCACCACACGGAUCUAGUGCCUCCGUCGUCCAGCUACGGCACACCGGACAGCAGCUAUGGGCCACCGCACCAUCAUUCCGGGUUCGAGGAGCACCACGAGCAUCACGAACACCACGAGCACCACGAGGAGCAUCAUGAUUCGUUCGAAGAUGAACCAGCAAAGUACGAGUUUACAUAUGAAGUGGAUGACGAAGAUCGCGAUUUAUCCUUUGGCCACGAAGAGAUGAGAGAUGGUGACUACACCACGGGAAAAUACAACGUGCUGCUUCCUGACGGUAGACGGCAGAUCGUCGAGUACGAAGCCGACCAAAAAGGAUACCGCCCAAAAAUUACCUACGAGGGCGGAGACGAGCAUCCCCACCACCACGAGCACCCCCACCCACACCACCACGACCAUGCCGGCUAUCCCCACGAAUCGCCUCACAACCAGCUGGGCUAUCCGAAGGAGUCUCACCAUGACUUCGAGCACGAGCACGAUAACGGCCACAGCCGAGCGGAUCACGGCAUCCACGACGGCCAUGGUGGUCAUCAUGGUUACGAUAGCAAUGGUCAUGAGCAUCAUGGCCACAAUGGGCAUGACCACGGGCACCAUCAUCGGCGCAACUCGGAUGACGGCCAUCACGGGAACGGGAACGGACAGCAUGGACACGGAAAUGGGCACAACGGUAAACAUCAUCGUCGUGGUGCUAACGGAAAUGGCAACGGCGGAGGAAACCGUCACAAUGGUUAUCACUAGGGCCUAAGAUGGGAGGAAACGGCGAACGACACAACCUUGGGAGGGUUAUCGGAGAGAGAGGCUCAACACUGCAUGCUGCGACAUACGCAUAUAUUUAAUCACAAAAGUAGUACAAAUUAGUUCAAUUAUUUAUUCGUUAACGCGUGUUAUAAACAAAGUGCAUUUAACAUGUUUUCAAGCCAGUUUAAUUACCAAUUAAUUUAUGAAGAGCUAAUGAAUAGCCACUUGUUGUUUAACUGUAAGUAGAUAGACAAUGCUAACGCUUAGGAUCAUAUCGAUGCGAAAUAAAGUAAACUCAGCAGAACGAUCAUCGAAAAAAGACAAAACUCUUCAAGCUGCACGCAGUUGGAGGAUUCGAUGAAUCGACAAAAUACCAA